UCCAAGCUGAAAAUACACACAGGGCGUUGACUCAGACCAAACUGUGUAAAGAGGCUGUUCCUAAGUCAUGGCUGAGUGCUACACAAGGUCAAAGGUGAAGAUAGAGAGCGGUUAAAAUCCUGGAGAGAGGAGAGGAGCUUCCUAAUUCACCACAACAACCGUCGGUUACGUCUAAAAGUUACAGAGGAAAACACAGCAAAGUCGCAAACGUUGACAUCUGUGGUUAUAAUUCAGUUUUCAGCGACACUUUGGAUUUAUUUCUUUUUGUUUUUUUCUCAUGUGGGAAUAGUGCGGUUGUCGGAUUUCUACUGGCGUGUUUAACGUUUGAGGAAGAGGUUGUUCAGGAGGUUUACCUGACAUUGGGGAAAAGCAUCAGAUCUGGAGUGGCCCUUGUGUUCCUUCUGAGAUGGACGAGCAGGUGAAUCCACUGGAGAGGGACCACUCUCUGUCUGUGGUUCUGCCGGGGGGAAUGGAGAGGAACACCACAGUGCAUGGAAGUAAACCAGUGAUGGACUUACUGGUGACACUCUGUGGGAGUUACCACCUGAAUCCUUCUGACUAUACUGUGGAGGUUCUCUCACCCAACAAGAACAACAUCAGCUUCAAACCAAACUCCCCUAUUGGCUCACUAGAAGCAGAAAAGAUUGUGCUGAAGCCCAAAGGUGUGGAGGAAAAGAUCAGGAAGCCAUACAUGCCUGAGGCAACAGUGCGUCUGUUGAUCAACUACAAUAAAUCCCACAAGGCCGUGGUGCGAGUGAAUCCCAGAGUGCCCCUUGAGAUGCUGCUGCCAGUGGUGUGUGACAAGUGUGAGUUAAAUGUAGAAACAACCGUCUUACUGAAAGAGUCUCUGUCAGAAGAGCCGCUGGACCUGACCAAGACCUUAAAUGAGCACGGACUGAGAGAAGUGUUUGCUAAAGACACAGCUGGUAAGGACCCUGUUGACCAUCAACACCAACCCAAGACACCCGAAGAAGCUGUCACACCAACAGAGGUCAUCUCACCGCCUCCACUACUAGACCUGCCAAAGAAGGAAAAGAAACAGAAGGAGAACACAGGAUUCCUCAGCUUAUUCAGAAGACGGAAGAAAAAACCUGAGACGGAAGGGGCAGUGAGUGCUCCAACUUCUCCUGGUCUCCACAAAGAAGCGUCUGCAAGCGUCAAUGCGCUGGCUCGUUCCUCUUCCAACACCCUGCCAGCAGAUAUGCCCAAGAAGAGGCGAGCCCCACAGCCGCCCAUGGUUGCAUCACAGAGCAUCCCCAGCAACCUCAGCAGCUGCCAUCUAAGAGGAGCACAGAGAUCUGCAGAAUCUACCUUAAGGACUACCAAGAGGAGGGCACCACCUCCUCCCUCUGUAAACACACAUGAGGAGCGGCAGGCAGACACUGAGGUUGAAGGGACUGUAGACUCCCUGAACACUCAGGAGGAGCCGAGAGAAUACGAUGAGUCAGACUCUGUAAACCUGUCGCUAUCCUCACCUUCAUCACCACAUCCAUCACAACCUACGUCAUCCUCAUUCCCCUCACGUCCAUCACUGGCUUAUUUCCAUGAAGUGGCUGACCCAUACCUUCCUACGUUGCGAGGGAAAGACCUAUCAGAUGCCCGCUGUGCUCUUGCCAAAGUCCUGACGUCCUCCAUUUCCAAAGGACCACUGGUCAAGCGUUUGAAGAACUCUGCCACCUUCCCAAAAUUAUACAACAGCUCCUCAUGUAUGUCAGUGACUCAGAAGUGUCCAGAUGAUGAGGAUUACUAUGCAGAAAUUCAAUCUGUUCUGAAAUCUACCCUCCCCACUGAGCGUGAGUGGGAGGACCCCGUACACAGGAAGGGGAUGACCACGUUCAAGGUGGUUCCUUCAAAGAAACAGAUGUCCUAUGAUGCAGAGCUCAUCCUGGAUGUCCCAGACCAGUGCCAGAUAACAGUAGAAGAUAACCAUGAUAGUGUAGCUUCUCCUCCUCCUGAGGACAGGAAUAAUCAGACUGAGAGUGAGGAGGAUCCAUGUUCUCCAGACAGAGCAGAGACUGAAACAUCUUCACCCAGUCCAGAACCCUGUCCUCAGGAGAUUCCGGCCUCUGACGCGCCGGCGUCUCCUCCAUCUCCACAUGACUUAGACAGUCAGGAUUGUCCAGGCUCACCUCUUUCUGAGGUUGGAAACACUGAUGAAAAACUGGAAGAAGAGGAGGAACCUGAAGACACAUCUGAGGUGACACAAGCUCCAUUGUCAGACUGCAGUGAUGAAGAACUUACAGGUGAUGAUCAGAUUAACUCAGAAACUCAGAGCGAACUUCUCCAAAGCCCCAGUGCACAGUCUCUAAGCACAGACACGGACCAAUAUGGAUCAUGUGUCGAUGAGAGGGAAGGUGAGGAAGUGGUACAAGAAGAAGAAGAAGAAGAAGAGGACAGUUUCCCUCCUCCUCCUUCACCUGUCUUCUUUAAUGAAGACAUAGAAGUCCUGCAGGAGAGCACAGAAGAUACUACAGCUUCCACUCUGCCGUGUUCCAAACCAUCAAGUCCUACCUUCAAUGGUCAAACUAAUGCAUUCUCUGAGGACCAUCAGAAUGAGGCUACCUCAGCCACGCCUGACCAGUCCUCAGCCCCAUCAUCGCCUCCGGACAAGAUGAGCACAGCCCCAUCCCUAUUUGCACAGGCAGUGGCACUGGCAGUGCAGAGGUCUCGCCUGCAGAGCAGAGGGAAAGGUUUAGGCCCAGAGGCUGCCACGCUUCCCUCAUCACCCAGGUCUGCAUACCAGUACGGUGCCUGACUGGCUUCCUCACACAUCUGUGAAUGGAAGCGCUUAUUUAUGGUGAGAGUUCAGAGCUGACUGAAGACACCAGACUUCCAGCACGUCACCUCCAAAUAAGUAUAACCGAUUAAUUUCCAAGAAGACGAACUGCAUCAGUUUUAUCACAAGAAGCAACAGACUUGGUUUCUGCAAAGUAUGAUUGUUUUCAUUUUUUUUGUGCAGGACAACUUGCUGUCACAUUUUGUGUUUGACUUUAUGUUCACAGGUUGAACAUAAACAUUUUGUGUUGUGGAGAAGGCCAAACGUACAGGACACGAGUUGUUGAACUGACAGUGUCCUGUUUUUUUCUUUACUUCCUUUUAAAUGUUGAUUGAAGACGUGCCAAAGCGGACAUAACGCUGACGUGAGAGCUUUUUUUUUUGUUUGUUUGUGUAAAACAAAAGAAAUAAUGUACUGGCAAUAAUAGGCUUAUUCUAUGUUUGUGCCGGACUUUAUUUUACCUCUCGGGGUGUAUAUUUUUAUGCUUUCAGUAAAACUCAAGAGCUGUAUUUAAGACUGGUUUGCUUUUUAGUCAGCAGGUGGCAGAAGUGCAUUGCUUCUAAAAUGAAUAUCUAUCUGUGAGGUCUUUUUCAUUGUAUGACUUGUGAUGGAUGUAUCCAAAGUGACACAAAUAUGUAUAAUUUUAACAGAAAUAAUAGUAAAUAUUGUUUUCUACUUACUCAGCAGCCAUGAAUGAAAUAAUCUAAAAAUUAUAUUAUUAUAAUAUAUAAUUUUCAUGAAGUGUCUUAUGAUUUUUAUGAAGGCGAUCUCUGUCCAAGAAUAUAUAUCAACUCCAAGGACAUUCUCUGCAUAAAAGUGCAUGCAAUAUUUAAUGGCGACAUGAGAAUAUCCUACAUUUCCGACAACAAAGUGAAAAAAAAAAAAAUCAUGUUGGAAGCAUCAGUUUUAUGCCAAAUAUUUCAACACCUUCCUGAAUAAACUCAGUCCACUUUGCACAUGCUGUUAUGUCUUUAACGGACGCAUAGCUCAGGGCAAUACUGCAUAGCUAUACUUGGGUGCCAAAAGAAUUCGCACUACUAUAUGUAUUGAUCCAGCCCUGGCCUUGGAGGAACAGCAAGGAGCUAUGCGAGGUAGAGACCUAGCCAGAACCGCCUGUGGCUAAAUCUCCUUGUUUGCCAGGCCUGGACUGAGUGGGCUCGCUUCAAGACUUUCUUUCUCUCUCUCUCUAACAUUCCUUGCUCCACCUGAGGAGAGUGAGGGGGGAGAGAGAGAGAGAGAGAGGAGGACGGGUUGCUGGUGGAUGAUGGGAGGUGACCGCUGACCCUGUCGUGUUUCUGCGGCGCUCCCCCCAGAGGGGGCGCCCGGCCCUCAAGGGCACAGCCGUGUCACACUGCCGUUGUCAUGGAGAAUGCCAUUACCGCCCCUAAGGGAGAGAGCUACGUCUAACGUUUUAUAUAAAAAAAAAAAGUCAGUGGAAACAGAAACACACACACAUACGCUGGAGAGAAGCUCUUUUUCUGCCCAAAGCAAUGAUACCCAAUGUAAGUGACAACUCUGGCAUUAUCCUUUUUUUUUUUUUUUUACAGUGAAAGGUUGAAUUUCAACCUGAGCAGCAAUUCAACUCAAUCUCAUGAUUACGCAGACAAAAGAAAGCUGGAUUUAUAAUCCAGUAUAGCAUGAAAUGCUACCCUGUCAUGUACGUUUACGAUCCAGCACGUGACAUAAGAUGCUAUCAGCACCAAUGAACCUUUGAACAAAACAGACGUCGACAUAAAGAGGUUUGUUGAUAAUUGUCUCAGGAGACGAGGUGGAGAGAGACGUGAACAAACAGGGUAUUGUAAAUCCAGGAGGACACUUCAGUCACAUGGGCACGAACCAAUUAAUGAGGAGGCCGUGGUAUGAAUGCAAGAUCACUCAGUGGAUCACUCCCGGUAAAACAUACACACCUGAACAAACAUGUAUUGUUUCACCACCACUAACAAAAUAUUCAAGUGUAACUGCAUGUGUGGACAUAAAUGAACAAACUGUUGACUGUAAGAUAAAUAAACCUGUAUAUUUUU